AUGUCGUUGCUUUCAUCAUCAUCGAACAACACAAACAACAAUACUGCAAAUACAAACACUAAUGGCAAUAACAUGAAUAACAGUCUAUGGAAUAACAUGAUCAAUCAAAACGGGAGUAACAGCAACAGUAAUCCCUUAUUACACCAGAUGAAUUAUCUGUUGGCAUCUCAAUCACUCCCAGGUACGGGAAAUCAACAAUUGCUCAACAGUUUACUACAAGGACAAUCCAUGAUUAAUAAUAACAACACCAAUUUCAACAACAACGGUAUCAAUCAACAAGCGUUGAACUUAGUCGGCAGUAUUUUGAAUUUGGUGAAUUCUACCUCCUCACAACAACCAGCAAAUAGCAACAUCAAUAACAGCAACCAAUUGUACAAUGCCAAUGUACCAACAGAUCAAAACAACACGCUUGCAAACCCUUCCUCCGCUCUAGCUCCACCACUGCAGCGACUACAGUUUAAUGCAUCGUCAAACGGAGCGGAUCAAAACCUUCUCCGCCCAUUCCAGAGCCCUCAAAUUUUGAAUCAAUCAGCCUCUCACUUCCUUACCACUCCUUCCGUUCAGCAAUCUCCGAGCUCUGAUUCCUCAUCUUGUCUUUCUACACCAGCGAUAUCGAUUCAACAAUCAAAUCCUUCCACUACAACAGAGACUAACGUUCAAACAUUUAUCAGCAAGGGUAACACAAUGGGAGCAAGUUUUAAACAAUUUUUCAACAAUCCAAUUUUGAGCGAUGUGACAUUUAUCAUUCAAGGUAACAAAUUCUUUGCUCACAAGUUAAUCCUGUGUGCAAGAAGCAACUAUUUCAAUCAGCUCAUACUUACUAAAUGCAACAAUACUUCUGUUCUUGAGAUUGAGAUUCAAGAUGCCUCUGCAGACAUUUUUUAUAGUAUUUUAGAGUUUGUGUACACGGAUUGUACUGUUUUGAGGUCAGACAAAAUUUGGGAAUUGUUUCAGGCAGCCAAAUUUUAUCAACUCAAUGCUCUUUUACAACAAUGUCAAGAAUUUAUAAUUGGAACACUUGUGGAUGGCAAUGUUUUUCAUCAAUGGACCAAGGCUCAACAAUUUGGAGCUAUCAUGGUUGCAGAGCAUUGUCUAUUGUUUGUGAAAACGAAGUUUGAACAAGCUCUCAAACUUUUAGAUUUGUACAAUAGCCUUGAUAUAUCAACCAAUCCAGAAAUUAUUCUUAAAGCUAUUCAAAGCCAACAAUUCAAUAGGCUUGGCAAUCCUCCAACCCCAACAAACAAGAACAAAAAUCCAACCAAGAAUGAUCCCAUGUAUCAAUCUCUCACAUCCUUUACUUUUCCUCCUCCAAAAAGGGAAGACGAAGAAGAAAAGCUCAAUAUCCCUCUGCAGAGUCAUCCGGAGAGUACUUUUGAAGACGAAAAACAAUUACAACACGAGCUCACACAAACAUUUGAGUUGUGGGGAGAAGGCAAUAUUCCUCCUGCAGCCUUUCCAACACGAUACUCGAUGGAUCAAUUUCCUUCAUUCUUCAGAAUUGACUCAAAUACUACCCAACAAGCACAGCCGUCAAGUACCACCACAACAGAUUCAAAUAGUGCUCCAGAAAACAGUUUGCCUUCAGAAACAAAAACUGAGAAAGAAAAAGAUCCAACUUUGGCGGAACGAUCUUGUGUGUACAGACGUUUGUCAGUACUGAGGCAAGACUUGCAUUCCGUAGGGGUAUUUUUCCAACACAUUAUUUCAUGUAUAACACGAUUAUUACAUGCUGAGAGAACAACUUUGUUUAUGUAUGAUAAGAGGACAGACGAGCUCAUUUCUCAAGUUGCGAUUGGAGAGGAGGAAAUUAGAAUUCCAAGCAAUAAGGGUAUUGCUGGAUCUGUUUUUCAGAGUGGAAAGAGCAUUAAUGUUGCCGAUGCCAAAACAGAUUCAAAGUUUGCUCCAGAAGUUGACAAGUCAACGGGAUUUUCGACAAAGAGCGUCAUUUGUGCUCCCAUUGUAGGCUCACAUAACCAAUAUGUUGGAGUUCUCGAGGUAUUGAAUAAGCAUACAGGGACGUUCACCGAGCAGGACGAGCAAAUUCUUCAAUUUGUAUGCGAACUACUUUCAAUAUUUGUCCAAGAGCAACAAUUAGAGGAGAUUGAAAAUGUUCACAAAUCUACAAUUCUUUUGCAACCUUCGUCAUACAGAAGGAAGUCAGUAGCUCCUCUUCAGUUGAUGAACAGAAAAGCGUCUCAUAGAAUGUCAGUGACAGUAGAUGAUUCCUUUGCUUUACUUUUUGGAGAUGGUGAUUUCAAUUUUGAUUUGGUCAAUACCGAAGAACAACCACAUUCAUUACUGCCAGUUAAUGAUGACGUUGCCAACAACUUGGUGGGACCUAAUAUUGAUCCACUUUGGAAUUAUGUGCAAAAUCACGAUGUUAAUUCAAAUCUUACUUCCAGCUUUGUCACUGUUGGCACAACUCCCUCCAAAUCAGUGACCGAACAGUUGCCCAAGACAGCAGCAAGCAGCAGCAGUACUGUUGUCACCAACAACACUGUGAGCAAUGUGUCUAAUUGGGAUCAACAAUCCGUUAUCUCACAACAAACUACCAAUAAGCCAUCUAAAAGCGUCAAGACUGAAAAUGGAGAAAAGAAGCGCAAGAGAAAUCAAAACACUGUGAACUCACAACCACCCACAAAUGCCCCUACCGGAAUGCCAUUCAUGCACUUUAGAAUUCCUCGUUAUGAAUUACAAUUUAUUCAAUUCGAUGCUAAUGGUGCAAAGAAAAAGAAGAAAAAUUAA